CCAGCACUCACUCUUUCUCACAGUCAACGAAGCCCAACCAGCGGAGACUACCAUCACCAACAAAAUGGCACCAAAGAAGAGCAACAAGACCAGCGACAGCAUCAAUGCUAAGCUCGCCCUGACGAUCAAGUCUGGAAAGGUCACUCUUGGCUACAAGUCGACCCUCAAGACGCUGCGCUCUGGCAAGGCCAAGCUCGUCAUCAUCGCCGGCAACACCCCUCCUCUUCGCAAGUCCGAGCUCGAGUACUACAGCAUGUUGGCCAAGACUGCUGUCCACCACUUCUCAGGAAACAACAUUGAGCUCGGUACCGCUUGCGGAAAGCUCUUCCGCUGCUCGACCAUGGCUAUCCUCGAUGCUGGUGACUCCGACAUUCUCUCUACCACCCCUCAGUAGAUUGAGAACGAUAUUGGAUGAUUCGAGAAUUCCGCAAGAUGGUGCUCCCUAAGGCCAAGCCUGUAGAGGAAUCGAAGCGGUGUGCGAAACAGCAAGAGUAAGCGGUCGAUCCCGAUUGACUGCAAAGCCGAUGGGGCGUUUGUUCCUGUCGUCGAGAACAACGAAGAAUUCAUCGUUUCUCGCGGCUAAAAGUAAAUUCAGAGGCUGCACUGGCGAAGUCGCCUGAGCGAGCUUAGAGAACAAUAGCCAGCCAGAGGUAGCUUGCAAAUUGCACCCAGUCCAAAUGCAACUCAUCAUAUACCA